AUGGCCUUUUCUUUGAGUGUCUCUUCCUUAACAUUGCUUUCAAUCUUCCUAUCAUUUCUAUUCUUUAACCACUCACUUGCUGCAUCAGAUGAGUUGAUUAACAGCAUUUGUUCCAGCACUCACAACCCUUCCCUCUGUGUGCAGUCUCUAAAAUCCGAUCCCCGGACCACUAGUGCAGACCUCAAAGGCCUCGGAGGGAUCUCCAUUGACAUAGCUCAAUCCAAUGCUAAGUCCACCUUCAACAUGAUCCUCUCCCUCAUCAACCAGACGACUGACCCUAAGUUGAAAGAUCGGUUCGACACUUGUCGUGAGAACUAUGAUGAUUCCAUUAGUGACCUUGAUGAAUGCAGGCAGUUGUUGAACUCCGGGGACUAUUUGGGCUUAAAUAUUCAUGCAUCGGCUGCUCUGGACGGGGGUGAAACCUGUAACGAUAACUUUGAAGGUCCACCAGCUGAACCAGCUGAACUGAAACAAGCAAAUCAGAAGCUGGAGGAUCUUUGUGACAUCAUUUUGGUUAUUUCCAAUCGUUUGAAGUAA